CCAUGCUCCACGAAAUCCUCCUCUCGCUCUCCGGUCACCCCUCGGCGCUCUUCGAUUCCGCCCCUUCGCAUGCCACCUCAACUCCAAAACAUGUAGACCUCUUGUCUCCGCCCGAGACAGAGCUUCUUUCCUCACUGGGUCACCUGUCACGUGUUCAUCGUCGCUUGCGCCAUCAUGUUGCUCGUCUUGCUGCUUCUCAUCCCUCGACCGUAGCCAGAGCAGUGGCUACAGCCAUUACCUCCUAUCAUCUGGAUAGGUUCCAGCAAAAAAUCUUGGAUGUGGAGAGUCGCAUCUUGAAGCAAGAUGCAUCAACAGUCGGUGCUUACAAUAUAGUGCCGCUGGCCACGCUUGUUGGCGAAUUUUCAGAAUGGACCAGGGUAAUGGAAUGGCUGUGGGAUAUCAGCAAUUUCAUUCUACCAUCAGAAGCUUCGAAGAAAGGUGACGAACCGGUCGGCAAAGCAUGCUCAGGAGCGGAGCUUAUCGACAAGCUUCGAGCAGAAGCCCAAACAGGCUACCCGGACAUCGAAGAAGCAGCACUUCACCUCAGCACUGUGGCUGAGAGUGCAUGGCUACGACAGCUGGCAACAUGGCUUCUGCACGGCCGUCUCCCUUCGUUUGGAGCGUCCGAUUUCUUCAUUGAAGAUGAUUCUUCUGACGAGCUCUCUUUUAUCGUACAACAUGCCUUACUCCCCAAAUUCGUCACCAGAGAUACAGCCUCAUCGAUCCUAUUCAUUGGAAAGUCAUUGAAUCAGAUACGCUCUUUGCCAUCUACAGCAAGAACACUGGCCAGCGAAACAUCUGGUCCUUCUGAGCUGGAACUCCUGCCAAUACAUGUCGGCUACCUAUCCGAAGUAAACGCCCCUAUAUCAUCUGCAAAACUAUCGGAGGUGAUUGCAAAAAUCCGGGUAUCUCUUUCACGAAACUUACUGCAACAUCUUUUACCUCGCGAAAGAAUUGUUGAUAUUCUGUUUGUGUUGCACCAGUUUUUUCUUCUAGGCCGCGGCGAAUUCGCGAUGACCUUGAUUGCCGAAGCGGACGAGAGGUUACGCUCGCGGCAUCGCAUGCCUGUACCCUCCAAGCAAAGUGGCGGAAUUCAAGGCGUUCUUCUGAAGGAAGCAGAGAUUAGCCAGACAUUGUCCCGCUCGUUCAACGUUCUUUCCACGCUGAGCGGCGAAGAUGAUCAUACAGAUGAUAUCCUCGAUCUUGCCAUUGACACGCUCCAUUUAGUCGUCUACAACCCUGCUUCCCAUCGUCCAGGAACCCCCGGUCGUGCCAAAGAUUCUACCUCUAUUCUUCCUCAAAUCGCCAACGUAGCUUUCAACAACCUUCUUCUCUCCAUCCCUACCGUCUUGACAAUGGAUAUCAAAUCUCCUUUGGACCUGUUCAUGUCCAGGACUGACCUAGAAGUCUAUACGAACAUCAAUGCCUACCUUCUCGCGCUUCGACGAGCCCACCUCCACCUUGCCCAAUUGUGGCGGCACAGCUCCUUACGGAGGGAACACCCCACACCCCCAGGCUACCAAUACAGCAAUAUUCCGCAAGGCAAAGCAAUCCUGAAGCGACGCCGUCAGCGCAACAACGCGCGCGCCCGCGAGCUACGAAAAGUUUGGGCAACAUGCGCAGCAGCAAUCUUCUUCCUCGCCGAAAGUGAAGCCUACUUCCAAGGCGAAGUAGUGCAAGAAUCCUUCAAACAUUUCCUGCACUGGAUCGAGAACCCCGUAACAACAGCCUCUUCUACUUCUGCACGACCGCCAUCAUCAUCAGCCCCUGUAUCAAAACAACCACCCACAUCAGCAUCCGCCACUUCCUCAGCGGCAUUGGCGCCCACAUCCUCCAAAACAACGCAACAAACCCAACCCCACCAGCAUGACCCUGAAGCCCUCUCCCUCGCCCACCGCACCUUCCUCCGCACAAUAACUCUAUCCCUCCUCCUCACCGACUCACAGUUCACCACCCUCCUCCACACAACAUACACGCACAUCGAUCUUCUCACCGCACACCUCACACGUCUCCAAACCAUCCACGCCUCGCUCGACGCCGAAGAAGACGACGGCUUCGAGGACUACAGCCGCGAUUGGGCCAAGGAGCAGAAAGAGGUUAGCGUGGAAUUGGAUCGCGCGAGAAGACGGCUUGAUGCGGAUUUGAAGGGGUUAGUAGGGAGGUUGAGGGAUAUUGACGGAGAGCGGCUGGGAGCUUGGGGGACUAAGGAAGAUGGGGGUGCCGGUGGAGAUGAGGGCAUGUAUGUACCGUUGAGGCUUGGUAGUGUGGAUCGGUUGUUGAUGAAGUUGGACUGGGGGGCCGGGGAGGAAGAGGACGAUGUUGAUGCAAAUGAGGUGGAGUUGUUGAUUAGGUAG